GCCCAUAACAUUACCACUUCUCAAGAGACUGUUCAACAAUCGAAUGCAAUUUCCUCUUCCCUUUUCCCCAUUUUUCACGCUCCAAACUUCAAAUCAAAGCCCCACUCAUUCACAAAUCUGCCCUACGCGCCACUGUUUUCACCGUCACGAUCUUCCUUGCCGGAGUUUUCAUUCGAUUUCUUGUGCUUCAAGGUUCUUCUACAUGUAGUUGGAGUGAACAGCGGAGCCAUGGCGACGGCAUUGGAGUGUUGGUCAAGUAGAGCUAGUACUGAUGAGGAUAUGGUGGAGCAGGUGUUGAUGAGGACCCAGGAUAGAUCGGAAGACUCCAAGGCGGAGAGUUCGUUUGCUGUUGGAGAGAAGGAAUCUUCGACGAUGCAUAAACGGUUACAGAGAUUCAGUCGGAAUGUUUCUGAGGCGGUUGCGUCGCUUAAAAACUCUUUGAAUCUGGAUUCUGUUCGCGAUCCAUCACCUACGAGAACUGAGGGGUCUAAGAAGGCUGUUUGGGGGAGUGUUGUACGGAAUCUUACUCAGCUCUAUCCUGGAAGUCAGUUGCCGGAAAAGCUCGUCUCCAACAUUCGUAAGCAUUACGAUUCGUUGCCUCUCAGUUAUGCUCAGGCGGGGUUUGACAUGAAAGAUGUCUUUCUCCACAUCAAAUUGAUAGAGCAGGCAUCUGUUUAUGAUCACCCUGCAAUCUUAUUUCAAGAAGUGACGAAUCGUGAUGUUCAGAAGCCUAUAAUGAAGCUCACAUUUGCUUGCAACUCUUCAGUUUCAUGGUCAGCGAUGUCUGGAGCGUUGGAGAGUGCUGCCAUUCGUUGUGAGAAGAUACAGAUUUUUGAGAAGAAAAAAUUUACUCUCGGAGUCAUCCUUUUUGUAAAUCUGGAUGUCCAGGAGAAACUCUUCAAAUCAAAGGUUGAAAAUGCUCUAAAAUUGGCUAUUAAGAAGCCAAAAACCACUACAGUGAAACUCCCUUUUGGAUUUUGUGGAUGCCAAGAAGGUAACACUGGGGGGAAAGAUCUGAGAGAAAUCGAGGACGAUGCUGUUGAACAAAAUUGCAGAAGUGGUUAUGAGAACUCGAAUUUGAGUGACAAUUUACGUAUUGAAAUGCCAUUAUCUACUUCAUCGUUUGCUGUAACUGUCGAUGAAUGGCAAACAGUCCAAUCUGGUGGACAUGAGCUGGGUAAAUGGCUGCUGAGCUCUGAGAAUCUUGAAUUCGUUGAUCAGAUUGGACCCAACUCGUUCAAGGGAGUCUACAAGGGCAGAAGAGUUGCUAUAGAGAAGAUUAAAGGGUGUGAAAAGGGAGUUGCUUACAAGUUUGAGCUCCGAAAAGACUUGUUGGAGCUGAUGACAUGUGGGCACAAGAACAUUCUGAUGUUCUAUGGUGUUUGUAUUGAUGAAAAUCAUGGCUUGUGCGUGGUAACCAAACUCAUGGAGGGCGGAUCAGUCCAUGAAUUGAUGCUGAAAAACAAAAGGCUUCAAACGAAAGAAAUAACCAGGAUUGCUAUUGAUGUAGUAGAAGGGAUCAAAUUCAUGAAUGACCACGGUGUGGCCUAUCGAGAUCUUAACACACAGAGAAUUUUGUUAGAUAAGAACGGCAAUGCUUGUUUGGGUGACAUGGGCAUACUCACUGCAUGCAAAAACUUGGGAGAGGCAAUGGAGUACGAAACUGAUGGAUAUCGUUGGCUUGCUCCUGAGAUUAUUGCAGGUGAUCCAGAGAGCGUUAACGAGACAUGGAUGAGUAAUGUAUACAGUUUUGGAAUGGUAAUAUGGGAGAUGGUGACGGGCGAGGCAGCUUACGGUGCAUAUUCACCGGUGCAGGCAGCAGUUGGUAUAGCUGCUUGUGGUCUAAGACCUGAUGUUCCAAAGGACUGCCCAUCCACCCUGAAAUCUCUGAUGAUCAGAUGCUGGAACAAUUGCCCAUCAAAGCGCCCUCAGUUCUCUGAAAUUUUAUCAGUGCUGCUGGACUCCAACAACAACAAUCAUAGAUAAAGUAAGUAUAUUCCUCUCAACAAUCUAAAUGGAAUCAAAAUGUCUACUCUUAUGAAUUUACUGUAAAGGGUUCCUUUUCCAUGUAGAAGAUAUGCUGUGUUCAAUCUAGAUAUGAGAAGUUUGUGUUGUUCAAAUAUUAAUCCAAUUACUUCUCAUGUUGGAUUUAAAAAAAAUGAUAAUCAAAGGAUAAGAAAAUACUAAUCUCACUAUAGGAAACUGAACAUUCUUAGCCAGUUACCAUUACCUAGGAGGAAGCAGACAAAGAAAGAUCUUUAUUUUCCCUUUUUAUUAGUGGCUUUGACAUCAUCAUGCAAGACCAUUUAUUCUGUGAUUGACAAGGUAUUUCACAUCUGUAUUGUAUGAAAUAGACAUUGGUUUCUCAAGUGAUUAUUUAAUAUAUGACUGAAGCAGAGUCUUUUUAGCUGACCA